AUGAACUUUUUAUUUUUGAUUUCGACGUUUUUUCGUCUAUUUCUUUAUACCUCAUUCUUCCCACCUUUCUUUCUUAGAUUCCCUUCUUUUUUAAUUUUCUUUUCAUUUUCCCUUUUCGUAUUCUUUCUUUCUUUCUCUUUUUUUUUUGCUUAUUUUUUCUUUUUAUUAUUCUUCCGUUUUUUUCUUUUUCUUUCUUGCUUAGUCUUCUAUUUUCGCGUAUAUUUCCAAUUUGUUCUUCACUCCCCAAUUUAUUUAUUUUUUUACUUCUCUCAUCUUAGAAUCUCUUUUAUUGCUUCAUUUUUUUCUCUCUUCUUUCAGGCUUUUUCCUUCUUUUCUUCCAUCGUUAUUUUUGUUAAUACUUCUUCAAUUUUUUUCGGUCUUCACUCAUUCUUUAACUGUCUGUCAAUAUCAUUCUUUUUUUUUCCAUCUCUUUCUUCCUUAUUUUUAAUUAGUUUCCCUUCAUCUUUCCUUCUUUCUUUUCGUUUGAGAAAAACGUUUUUAUUCUCCGUUCUUUUAUCGUUAUUUUCUUUUACUUUUCAUUUUUCUUUCUGCUUUUUUCUACUCUUUUUCAUUUUUGCUUCUCUUUUCCACGUUUUCAUUUUUCCCGUUCAUUCCCUUCUUUCUUCCUUUCUUCCAUUUCCCAUUUCACGUCCUUUUUUUUCUUCUUCUGGCACAUCUAUUCUUUUUCUUAUUUCUUUUCCUUUCUUUUUUCUUCAUCAUCCAUUUCUUAUUAUCAGAUUUUUUUCCCUUUUCUCUUUUCUUUUUAGCUCUUUUUUCCACGUAUUUUUUUUCUAUUUCUUCGUUCUUUUCCCUGCUUUUUCUUCUUCAUAUCUUUUUUCUCUUCCGCUUUCUUCCUUUACCUUUUGUUUUUCCUUUACUAUCGUUCUUUUACUCUUUAUUCGUUCUUUUCUUCUAUUUUGUUCAUCAUUCUUCUUUUUCCAUCUUUCUAUUCCUUUUAUUCUCUUUCUAUUACUUUUCUUUCUUGCAUUUCUUCAUUCUUUUCUUCUUCUUUCUUCUGCUUGUUAUGUCUUUUUCUUCUUCUUUUACCUCUUUCUUCUUUGUCUUGGUUUUCCUCUUCUUCCUCUUUCUAUUCUACUUCUUUGA